AGUCUGUGAGGGGGGAGGAAAUGGAAGAGACAGGGAACAGGCCACGGGGAGAGGGGGGGUUGUAAAUAAGGAGCCAAGGAAAAUACAUGAGAAGGACAAUGGUGAAUAUGUGAGGGUGAGUUAAAGAAGGGGGAAGGGAGCAACAAAUAAAAUAUAAUAGAAACCAACAGAACCAGUGGGAAAUUGAGAGUGAGGGGCCGAGAAAGAGAGUUUGAAACCCAGCUAGAAGGAGAAGGGAGAUCAGUCCCCUGAGGAGGGAGAAGAUAAGUAUUCAAGUUAAAAAAACAAACACCUUGACAGACAUGUAGAAUGGAAAGAUUGUGCCACACCAACCCCAAGCAAACAGGAUGACAUAGCAUUUUGGAACCAGAAAUUCCCUAGCACUUGGGAGUGCAAGUUGCUGUUGGGAAGCUGGGGAGAAGAACAAGGGGUCUGAAAAAAGUGCAGUGACAGCAGUGACUAAACUGGGAAGAGAGUGGAAGACAUAGGGAAACAGAGAUCCAGGGGAAAUGUGUUAGAAGACCUAUGAUGAGCAAGAUAAAGAAAAAAAAGGUCCCAUUCAUUGGACCCUUUAAGCUAUGAUGCUUCAGGAUGUAUUAUUACAAGGUCUGAUACUGUCUGGAGCCAUCCUUUGGGGAAUCAACUGCCUGGACUGGGAACUGACUGGCAGAGACAGUGGUGAAAGGAUGAGGAUGAGCAUCCUAGCCUCUUUCAGUUGAAAAUGAACGGGAGAGAGCUUGAUGCCACAGCAACGGUAUUGGCUAACCGACAAGAUGAAAGUGAGCAGUCUAGAAAAAAGCUUAUUGAGCAAAGUCGUGAGUUCAAGAAAAACACUCCAGAGGACCUGCGCAAACAGGUAGCUCCAUUAUUGAAGAGUUUCCAGGGGGAGAUUGAUGCAUUAGGUAAAAGAAGCAAAGAAGCAGAGGCAGCCUUCUUGAAUGUCUAUAAGAGAUUAAUUGAUGUUCCAGAUCCAGUUCCAGCUCUGGAUCUAGGACAGCAGCUUCAGUUGAAAGUCCAGCGAAUGCAUGAUAUUGAAACAGAGAACCAGAAACUUAGGGAAACUCUAGAGGAAUACAACAAGGAAUUUGCUGAAGUGAAAAAUCAAGAGGUUACAAUAAAAGCGCUUAAAGAGAAAAUCAGAGAAUAUGAACAGACCCUGAAGAACCAAGCAGAGAAUAUAGCUCUUGAAAAAGAACAAAAAUUACAAAAUGACUUUGCAGAGAAGGAGAGAAAGUUGCAAGAAACACAGAUGUCGACAGCCUCAAAGCUGGAGGAGGCCGAACACAAAGUUCAAGCUUUACAAACAGCCUUGGAAAAAACUCGGACAGAAUUAUUUGACCUUAAAACAAAAUAUGAUGAAGAAACUACUGCAAAGGCUGAUGAAAUUGAGAUGAUCAUGACGGAUCUCGAAAGAGCAAAUCAGAGGGCAGAGGUGGCUCAGAGAGAGGCAGAAACCUUAAGGGAGCAGCUCUCAUCAGCUAACAAAUCUCUCCAACUUGCUACACAGAUCCAGAAGGCACCUGAUGUGGAGCAGGCCAUAGAGGUGCUGACGCGAUCUAGCUUGGAGGUGGAACUGGCUGCAAAAGAACGUGAAAUUGCCCAGCUCGUAGAAGAUGUCCAGAGACUCCAAGGCAGCCUCACCAAACUUCGUGAGAACUCCACCAGCCAGAUAUCACAGCUGGAGCAGCAGCUGACUGCCAAGAACCGCACACUUAAACAACUGGAAGAAAAACUGAAAACACAGGCUGACUAUGAAGAGGUUAAGAAAGAAUUAAAUAUACUGAAGUCCAUGGAAUUUGCACCCUCUGAGGGCUCUGGUGCACAGGAUGCAUCCAAACCACUGGAGGUGUUGCUGCUGGAGAAAAAUCGCUCGUUGCAGUCUGAGAAUGCCACACUGCGUAUCACUAAUAGUGACCUGAGCGGGUCAGCCAGGAGAAAAGGGAAAGACCAGCCUGAGAGUCAGCGUCCUGCAACCUUGCCGGCCUCCCCUUCUUCUCAGUUGCUCCGCAACACAGGGGAGCAGGCUUCCAAUACUAAUGGUACACACCAGUUCUCACCAACGGGUUUAAGUCAAGACUUUUUCAGCUCAUCCUUGGCAAGCCCCAGCUUACCCCUGGCCUCCACAGGAAAAUUUGCACUAAACUCUCUCCUCCAGCGACAGCUAAUGCAGUCCUUCUACUCCAAGGCAAUGCAGGAAGCAGGAAGCACAAGCAUGAUUUUUUCAACAGGUCCUUACAGCACAAACUCCAUAUCUUCCCAAAGUCCAUUACAACAAAGUCCGGAUGUUAAUGGUAUGGCCCCAUCUCCCAGCCAGUCAGAAAGUGCUGGGAGCAUCUCUGAAGGCGAGGAGAUAGACACAGCAGAAAUUGCACGUCAGGUGAAAGAGCAAUUGAUCAAGCACAAUAUUGGACAGCGGAUAUUUGGACAUUAUGUCUUGGGACUGUCACAAGGGUCUGUGAGCGAGAUACUAGCCCGGCCAAAGCCAUGGAAUAAAUUGACUGUGAGAGGCAAGGAGCCAUUUCAUAAGAUGAAGCAGUUCCUCUCAGAUGAGCAGAACAUCCUGGCCCUACGCAGCAUCCAGGGUAGACAAAGAGAGAAUCCAGGCCAGAACCUGAACAGACUAUUUCAGGAAGUACCGAAACGAAGAAAUGGGUCUGAAGGUAACAUCACCACAAGAAUCCGAACCACAGAGACUGGCUCUGAUGAAGCCAUCAAAUCCAUUCUAGAACAAGCCAAAAGGGAGCUGCAAGUACAGAAAACAGCUGAGCCGGCUCAGCCACCUUCUGCAUCUAGCAGUGGCAAUUCUGAUGAGGCCAUUCGAUCCAUUCUGCAACAAGCCCGACGUGAAAUGGAAGCACAGCAGGCUGCCCUUGAACCUGCCUUAAAAACAACACCUUUGUCUCAAGCAGACAUUUCCAUCUUGUCCCCAAAACUAAUAUCUACACCUGCAAUGUCUUCGGUUUCCAGUUAUUCUCCAUUGGCCUUGUCAUUGAAGAAACAUUCUACUGUCAUGGAUUCUAAUAUAUCUGCAUUGCAGAACCUCUCUGGGCUAAAAAAGGAGCACCAGGAAACACCAGUUUUAGAGCUUCAUGGAAUAACUGAUUCUGCACAGGGUGUGCUGAGGCAUGUUAAAAAUGAAUUGGGACGUGGUGGUGUUUGGAAGGACCAUUGGUGGAACACUGUUCAGCAUGACAGAAGAAAUACCACUCUUUCUGAAGAUACAAAGGUCGAGGAAGCCAGCAGUGGAAAAGAAAAGGUCAGCAGCCAGACAAGGUCAGAUCGUAGCCAACUCCAAGGACCAUCCUCUUCAGAAUACUGGAAGGAGUGGCCAAAUGCUGAAUCUCCAUAUUCCCAGAGCUCUGAAUUGAGCAUGACUGGGGCAAGCCGCAGUGAGACACCACAAAAUAGCCCCCUUCCUUCCUCUCCUAUUGUACCUAUAUCAAAGCCAUCCAAACCCUCAGUUCCUCCAUUGACACCUGAGCAGUAUGAGAUUUAUAUGUACCAGGAAGUGGAUACAAUAGAGCUAACUCGUCAGGUCAAAGAAAAGCUAGCAAAGAAUGGCAUCUGCCAAAGGAUCUUUGGGGAAAAGGUGUUGGGCCUAUCCCAAGGGAGUGUCAGUGACAUGCUCUCCAGGCCAAAGCCAUGGAGUAAAUUGACGCAAAAAGGCCGAGAACCAUUUAUUCGUAUGCAGCUCUGGUUGAAUGGUGAGCUGGGACAGUGUGUCCUGCCUGCACAAGGCCAGCAACAAGGACAAGUCCUCCACUCAGUGACAUCGCUGCAGGAUUCCCUACAGCAGGGAUGUGCAAGCUCAGAAAGCACUCCAAAGACCUCGGCCAGUUGCAGUCCUGCUCCUGAGUCUCCUAUGAGUUCCAGUGAAUCAGUGAAGAGUCUGACUGAAUUGGUACAGCAACCCUGUCCUGCUAUAGAGACAAGUAAAGAUGGCAAACCACAAGAAUCAAGUGAGCCACCUGUUUCUGAAUCCCAGUCGACAACACCUUUGCCUCUCUCGGGCCAUUCGGCACUUAGCAUUCAAGAACUGGUUGCUGUCUCUCCUGAAUUGGACACAUAUGGCAUUACGAAGAGGGUUAAAGAGGUGUUAACAGACAACAACCUUGUGUGGCUGACAAGCCUAAAAAGCAGCAGAAGAGCCAGGAAAUGUGCCCCAAACUCUGCAUUAGGUCAGCGUUUGUUUGGGGAGACAAUCCUAGGGCUAACGCAAGGCUCAGUCUCAGACCUUCUGGCUCGCCCAAAGCCCUGGCACAAAUUGAGUUUGAAGGGACGGGAGCCCUUUGUCCGCAUGCAGCUGUGGCUAAAUGAUCCCAACAAUGUGGAGAAAUUGAUGGAUAUGAAGCGAAUGGAGAAAAAAGCCUACAUGAAACGACGGCACAGCUCAGUUAGUGACAGUCAACCUUGUGAGCCCUCUUCAGCGGGAAUAGACUAUAGCCAGGGAGCCAGCCCACAGCCACAGCAUCAGCUAAAGAAACCACGAGUAGUGUUGGCACCAGAAGAGAAAGAAGCUCUAAAACGAGCAUAUCAGCAAAAGCCAUACCCAUCGCCAAAAACCAUUGAGGAACUCGCUACACAGCUCAACUUGAAAACCAGCACCGUGAUCAAUUGGUUCCACAAUUACAGAUCUCGCAUCCGUCGAGAGCUGUUCAUUGAAGAAAUCCAAGCAGGAAGCCAGAGCCAGGCUGGAUCAAGUGACUCUCCUUCAGCCAGAAGCAGCAGGGCAGUUCACAGCUCUGAGGGAGACAGUUGUGAUGGUGUGGACACAGAAGGCCCACCUGAAGGAAAGCAAAGUGGUCUGGAGGCGGACGAGUACAGCAAUGCAACCACAAAGUCUCAGGGAGGGCAAGCAGAGUCAGCUUUUGAAGCGGGGGAAGAGGUACCACAAGAUGCCAGAUCAUCAGAGAAAACAGAGUCAUUCCAUUUGGGAAUGGAGAGCCUGGAGGAUACUGAUGAUGAGGGUAGGCUCAAAGCACCACGUCAGAGUUCUCCGCCAGGGUCUCAAAGUUCAGGAGAAACUUUGGAGACAAUGCCAAACUCUGCUACAGAAGAGGAUGCCUCUACCUCAGCUGCCUCCACCUCAGUCCUUACAGGGGAGAGCUCCUUCAAGUCAAAAGAGAGUUCAGAGAAAAUGUUGAGUGUGCCAAGUACAAGUUCCACGUUGGCUGCAGGCUCACAGAAAGCCAACUCUAUUCAGAGUUUAUUCAGCUUUUCCGAGGCAGCAAGCUCCAAGAACACGCGGGACAACACCUUGAGGAAAAAGAAAGCAGCAAACUUGAACAACAUAAUACACCGUUUAGAGAAGGCCGCUAGUCGAGAAGAGCCCGUUGAAUGGGAGUUUUGAGAUUAAACUCACCCAACUCUAGAGAGCUGGGAAAGUUAAACUGGACCUCUACUGGUUUUAUUGUGUUGCGCACUUACCGCCCUGCAGGCCACAGGGCAAAAACGCCAUAGGCCAAGGUGCAUAUAGAAAACAAAAGGAGCGUUAAGCCCAAUUUAUGUUUGUGUUUUCAAGGAAGAAAACUGAAAUGUGUGGUCAAGCUUUUUUGUACCCUGAAGUGUUUUUAUUAAUGCCCUAAGUGAUUUCCACAAUUUCUGGAAUAACUCAUACAGCUUUGCCUUGUGCCCUCCUCUUUGGUGUGGGCUUUAAAAAAACAAAAACACAAAAAAAAAUCAAACCCACAUAUUUAAAGGGGGCUUUUUAUCUGCCAUCUAAUGGCUACAGAGCGAUAAUACACUAUUAUCUUCUUAAACCAGGAAAAAAGGGGAGAUUUUUCAAAAAGGAAAAAUAAAAAGUUUUUUGUAGCUGUUCAGUUGCCACUAAGAGAUUGCACAGUCAACCGACUCUAAACACACUAGUUUGGAUUCCUAAAUAUUUUCAAGAAAAGAAAAGAAUCGUGUUGUUUGAAACUUUGAAUUAAAAAAAACACA